AUGAAACCUGAUUCUCCCUACUUCGAAUUAGCAGUUCAGGAAUCCCCAGCAAACCCACCUGCAGCAUGGCUUUGGCAGCCGCCGUCUGAGAUUCUGGGAUCUGAGCUACAGGUACGCGUGGGGGGCAGUUUUGUCUUUCCCCCAGCUGAGAUACCUCUUGACGAGAUACGCCGCGUGGUGUUCGUGGCGGGAGGUGUAGGUAUCAAUCCCUUUGCCAGCAUGAUGGGUUGUAUAGCAGAGGAGGGUCACGAACUUGACGUGAGGGUCCUCUAUUCUAAUAAGGUACCUGCGCAGGGAUUGACAGGUGUUCUCUUCCUGGAGAGGAUCAAAACGUGGUUUGAAGAGAACAAAAUCAGUGGUGAUCUGAAAGUUUUCGAAACUAGUGAACAUGGCAAGCAUGAGGAUGAGAGUGAGUUUAACGUCUCGAAAAGGAGGUUCACUGUUCAAGACGUGAAAGAGGCCGUCGCUGGACAGGAGGAAGAGUCUGUCGUGUAUGUAUGUGGACCAGCAGAGAUGACAGAUGAGAUUGUGGAUGGUCUGACAAGAGAUGAUGGAAUGGACAAGAAGAGAGUCAUGUUAGAGAAGUGGUGGUAG